CUUCCUCACAGAUGGGCUUUAUAAUACACCGGAUCGUCAAGCUGACCGGUUUUAAUCUUUAACGUGCAUCGCGUCAGUCCACCUAUUGUGAGCGUUAAAGGCUGGAAAUCACGCUAAUUUAUAAAAUCUAACACCAAUUUGUGUUACAAAAGGUUAACAAAUUCUAACAGUGCGCAGCAAUUCAUCAAUCAUGCGGUCCAAAUUGGAAUAUCUACUGUGCUUCUCGAUCAUGUUAAUUUUUAUAAAAAAAUGUGUGUGCGUCGUGACGCCAAAUCCUGUAGAGACAAAUAUUUCUUCACAAAUUACUCCCCAAACUGAAGAUGACGAAGACUUCGUACCCUAUCAUGGAGAACGCUUCAGUGUCUUCGAUUGGAUGUUGUUCAGGAAUCUGGCCAAAACGAAUGCAGGGAAUAUAUUACUAUCGCCGAUAUCCAUAAAAUUAGCAUUAGUCCUUCUUUAUGAAGGCGCUCAAGAUCAAACCGCACGUGAACUUGCAGAAGUCAUGCAACUUCCGCUUAGUGUGCUGGCCACUCGAGAGAAGUUUAACAAUAUUUUAAAAUCUCUGCAAGCUCCAUCCUCUGCGUAUACUUUGAAUAUUGGAUCGCGUAUUUACAUCGAUAAUAAUGUGUUGACUAGGCAACGUUACGCAGCGACAGUAAAAACCUUUUACAAUACUGAUGUGAUCAAUGCCAAUUUGUCUGACACGCAUACAAUCGCGACUAAAGUUAAUUCUUGGAUCAGUAAUGUUACGAAUGGACACAUUGAAAAAAUGAUAGAUAAUGAAGAAACCUUGGAAAACUCGGUAAUGCUGAUCGCGAAUGGACUAUUCUUCAAAGGUGCUUGGCGCCGCAAGUACUUUGCGCCCGAGAACACUCGCGUUUCUAAAUUUUACAUCAACGCCAAUGAAAGCGUAGAUGUACAAUAUAUGCAUACCAUAAGCCGAUUUUAUUAUGCUGAAUCAUCAAGACUCGGCGCAAAGAUUCUGCGGAUUCCGUACGAUGGUUCUAAAUUUGCCAUAUAUAUUAUACUGCCGCAUAUGUCGACUGUGGAUCAUGUUAUCAAACAAAUUAAUCCAUUCGUACUGUCGAGCGAUCUAUGGGCCAUGCAGGAAUUGCCUCUCAAUGUUUGGAUUCCAAAAUUCAAAUUCGAAUUCACAAGCCACUUGGAAAAUACUUUGCGCGAGCUUGGUAUUCGUGAUAUUUUCGAUAAUACUGCACUGUUGACUGGAAUAGCAAAGACAAAACGGGCUUCAAAACAUUUACAGGUGUCUGAUGUGAUGCAUAAAACUGGAAUAGAAGUAAAUGAAAACGGGACAAUUGCUUAUGCUGCUACAGAAAUACAAAUUGGAAAUAAGAUAGAAGAAGGCACAUUCUAUGCCAAUCAGCCAUUUGUAUUUUACAUUGAGGAUGAAACAACUGGCACCAUUCUGUACGUAGGUCUAGUACGGAAUCCCCUGAAUGAAACCGGAACUACAGGGAAAAUACAGCAAGAACUUCCAUCACGAUUUAAUCUGAAUGCAACGACAGUAACACCCAGUCCUGCUGCAACCGGUAUUGAAGAUCGAUAUGGCUUUUUCAAUAUCGAUCUCCUGCAGAGAGUGAACGAGGACAACGAGGGUAAUCUAAUACUGUCUCCUGCCAGCGCAAAAGUUGCCCUCACGAGUCUGGUGGAAGGCACGGGUGGUCAAACACGACAAGAAUUGCUUGCGGCUUUGAGAUUACCACCGGAUGAAUUUACUAUCAGAAGGAUAACAAGACGCACUCUCAUGUCUCUAAAAAGUUAUCAAAAUGGUACGGAAAUCGACGUAGCGACUCGGCUAUGGAUUAAUCCAAUGAUUAGGACAUCUCCUGGUUAUACGAGUGCUUUGUAUAAUAAUUAUGGAACCGAUAUCCAGCAGCUGAAUUUUGGAGACGCAAAUGUUGCGGCGAACAGGAUCAACGCUUGGGUUCGUGAAAAUACAAAGAAUAACAUCAAGUCGAUCAUUCAACCUGGUACUGUUUCCGCCGACACUCAGAUACUGUUAACUUCGGUGUUAUAUUUUAAAGGACAAUGGAUGAAAUCCUUCGAUAAGGAUGCUACGCGUACGCGAUGUUUCCGUGUUCCCGUACUUGGUUGCAAAGACGUUCCUAUGAUGGAGAGCACUUCUCAGUAUCGAUACGCUUAUGUAGCUUCCCUCGAUGCUGACGUUGUGGAAAUCCCAUACUCAAAUGGCAGGACAUCUAUGCUGAUAUUCCUUCCAUUUCAUGAGGAAAGUGAUCCAUAUCUUCAAAUCUUAUCCAAAGAUCUCUCAUAUGUGACAAUGAGAACUUUGUUAAGCAGUCUCAACGAAACCGAAUUAGUGCUUUCUAUUCCACGGUUCAAUAUCGAAAGUAAAUUGAAUUUAGCUUCCCCUUUAAUGCGCAUGGGCGUAUUGGACAUUUUCGGUACGAGAGCGAAUUUUACAGGAUUCAUACAUAAUGAUUAUUUGCGAAUAGGAAAUAUAAUUCAAAAUGCUAAGAUAGAAGUCAACGAAGAGGGAACUAUCGCUGUUGCUGCAACAGAACUCACGAUUGUACCACUCAUGGGUAACACAGCAAUUUUCAUAGCAAACAGACCAUUUAUCUUUGCUAUAGUUGAUCUGAAUACAACUGAGACUCUUUUUGCUGGUCGUGUCAUGGAUCCUUCCAUGAGCAACUCAGGAAAUUUUUAGAGAAGCUCAAUAUUCAGCUAUAGCUGUUUUUUUUUUAUUUAAAAGUGCUUCGAAAGUAUAAAAAAAUGAUCAUUUAUGUAUAUAAUAUUACUUUUUAUACUGUACCUAUGUUUAUCAUUACAAAGUAAAUGAUUGUUCAUUCUUUUAUACUCAAAUAAACAACAAAUUA